CUAAGUGACAGCGGCGGAGUCGGGACGGCAGCCGACUAUCCGGCACUCUCUUGCUCGAGAUGCUGCGGAACGGAGCUGCCGGAGGCGCCUCCUCUUUCAGCGCCACCGCCCGGCCUGUGCGCGUCUGGUGCGACGGAUGCUAUGAUAUGGUACAUUAUGGACAUUCCAACCAGUUGCGACAGGCUCGUGCAAUGGGGGAUUAUCUGAUUGUGGGUGUCCACACAGAUGAUGAAAUAUCCAAACAUAAAGGCCCCCCUGUCUUUACUCAGGAAGAAAGAUACAAAAUAGUGAACGCCAUCAAGUGGGUAGAUGAGAUUGUACAGGGAGCUCCUUAUGUCACAACACUUGAAACUCUGGAUAAAUACAACUGUGACUUCUGUGUACAUGGGGAUGACAUCACACUUACUGCAGAUGGCAAGGAUACUUAUGAGGAGGUGAAGAAAGCUGGGAGAUAUAGGGAAUGUAAACGCACCCAGGGAGUGUCUACUACAGAUCUGGUUGGCCGGAUGUUGCUUAUGACCAAGGCCCAUCACAGCAACAUUGUUGAAGAUACAGAUUAUCGGAAGCAUGCAGAUAACCUAGGAAAGUGCCCUAAAGGUCAUAGUCCCUGGACUGGAGUUUCUCAGUUUCUGCAAACAUCUCAGAAGAUCAUCCAAUUUGCAUCUGGCAAGGAGCCUCAACCUGGAGAUACCAUAAUCUAUGUGGCAGGAGCCUUUGAUCUCUUCCAUGUAGGUCAUGUGGAUUUUCUGGAGAGAGUGCACCAAAUAACAGAGCGUCCUUAUAUAAUUGUUGGGCUGCACUUUGACCAAGAAGUGAAUCUCUAUAAGGGCAAGAAUUAUCCCAUAAUGAAUGUGCAUGAACGAACUCUCAGUGUUUUGGCCUGCAGAUAUGUUUCUGAAGUCGUGAUUGGAGCUCCCUAUUCAGUCACUGCUGAUCUGCUCGAUCAUUUCAAGGUGGAUCUUGUGUGCCAUGGGAUGACCGAGGUGGUACCUGACAAGGAUGGAUCAGAUCCAUAUCAGGAACCCAAGAGGCGUAGUAUUUUCCGGAUGAUAGACAGUGGCAACAAUCUCACCACUGAUCUGAUAGUGAAAAGAAUAAUUAAGAACAGGCUGGAAUUUGAAGCUCGGAAUCAGAAGAAAGAAGCCAAGGAGCUGGCUGUAUUGGAGGUCAUGAAAAGAAAGGAGGAAGCAGCCCAACAGAAGAUAGAUUUAAGGAACCAAGAAAGUUAGCAUGGGGAAGAGUGCUGCAGAAUCCUCUUCUUCUGGACCUGCAGACUUUCCUGGAGAAUAGGACACUGCUGAAGUAGGCCUACGGUCACAGUUUUUCUGGCUUAAGUAAAUCAGUUGUCCAUAAGGAAGAGCCAGGUGGAUGCUGCUGUCUAGUUAAUUGAGAAGCAAUGUCUUUCCAAUAACCAGUUUAAAUUCUGAUGAAAAUUAGCAAACUUCUAUGGGUUUUAUCUGCUGGCAUUUUUGACUUAUUGGAACUAGGGAAUUCUCUCAAAUCAUCUUCUGAAAUUUAAACAUCUCACAAUAUCCCUUUAAUUUGUGCCUGCCAG